AUGUUGGUCCACCCAUUUUAUCAUUCCUACAACGCUGGAUUCAUAUGUUUCAAUAUGGUCAAAUGGGUCGGAUGGUCGGAAGACUUGGUUACUGUACUUGUGGCUUCAUAUUCUGGUGUCUAUCUGUCGAUGGUCUCUUUUUUCACAGUACUUUUUAUGUUCAGGUAUUGGACGAUGAUAAGUAGCCCGUUGGUAGAUUAUUUUGAAGGAUACAAAAUUCUGAUUCUCAUGAUUUGGCCGCUUGUUUUUGGAUUUAUGGGAGCUGGAGUGGUUUUGUAUAUUGGAGCGAUAGAUAGCUACUCGAGAGACUACUUUAGAGACGUGAUGUUAGAGCAAUACGAACUGGAAAUGUAUAAAGUCUCGGGUUUCGCCGUUGUUGCAUAUGACCAAGAUGAGCAAUUGAGAUGGAGCGCAGUUGCAUUUUGCUUCGGUGUAAUUUUCCUCAUGGAAAUUCAGUUUGCUAUCGUUGGCUACUGUGGAUUUCAGAUGCAUUUCAAGAUGAAUGAUUUGUUGAAAAACGUGUCAGAAGCGCAUCGGAGACUUCAGAUGCAGUUUUUCAAGAGCUUAGUGUUGCAGAUCACCUCCCCCACACUAACCUUCUACAUCCCAGCCGUUGCAAUUAUGCUUGUACCUUUCUUCAAUCUCAAAUUGAGUAUUCCCUCUGGUCUUAUCGUGUGCUCAUUUUCCAUUUAUCCACCUCUCGACUCCCUAAUCUUAAUGCUUAUUGUAUCGGACUACCGGAAUGCCAUCCGAGGGAUUUUCAAACAACCGUCAAGUGUAUUUGGCUCCAAAGUCUUUACAGGGGUUGCUGCACCAAGAGCAAUGAUGGAAAAUGCUUGGAAUUGA